AUGCCGACCCGAGUCAUAUCGGCGAACCCAGCUCAUCCAACUCGCCUAUAUGAUGGAGGAAACGAAGCGCGUUGGAUUGAGACAUUCUACAAGGACAUUGACGGACCAAAAGGGGAGGUAACCUUCGUCGAGACCGAUCCCUUAGUUGGGGUGUGCGUAUAUGCGGUCGAGAACCUGCAUAAGUGGAUGAAGACAGAGUAUGCGCCUUUCGAUAUGGUCACGACACCGGGCAUAGCUGAGCUCAUCAUGAGCAUGAGGUAUCCUCCCUACUCCACCAAGAACUACUCCCGCCUGAGACUCGUUAUGAAGAGGAGAAUACCGUGGGCCAAGCCAGGUUCGAACUCUCUGAUGCAGAGCGCGUGGACGAAGUUAUUCGGGGCAGGUGUUAUCGCUAUGUUCGCUGCUGCUGCUGCUCAGAUGUUAAUGCAGCGAAAGUGA